AUGAAUGGUAAUACUUUCUUUGAAUGGUUUGUAAAAAUUCUGCCGCUACUUAAAGAAAAUGCCGUAAUUGUUAUGGAUAAUACGUCUUAUCAUUCCGUUAAGAAAGAUCGAAUUCCAGUAAUGUCUUGGAAAAAACAAGAUAUUAUAAAUUGGCUGGAAAGUAAAGAUGAGAUCGUUACCCAGCCAACAAUAAAAGCGCUAUUAUUAGAAAAAGUCCAAACAUUGAAAUCGCAAUACGACAAAUACGUGAUAGACGAGUACGCAAAAGACAACAACAAAACUAUAUUAAGAUUACCGCCAUACCACUGCGAGCUGAACCCUAUCGAGCUCGCGUGGUCGUCUGUCAAAAGCUAUGUCCGGACGCAUAACAACACCUUCAAAUUAAAAGACGUUCUAGUUAUUAAAAAGAGGCGUGGAACACGUAACACCGGAAAUGUGGACGAAUUUUGUUCGGCACGUCGUAAAGGAGGAAGUGAAAUUUUGGAAAAUUGA